CAUUUACUGUUACUCACAAUUUAUUAAAUUAAUUUCCCAUAAGUUGUAAACAACUUAAAACUUUAAUAUCAUUUACUUUAUAAAUGAAUAUUUAAUAUUUAUUUCAUUUAAAAUAGAUAUAUGAAACAGUAUAUUCGAGUUAUACCUGUAGUUUGGAAGAAUAUAAUGAAAAUGGAAUCAUCCACUUCAGCGGUCAAAAAAAGCAUAAUAGAGGGUCAAGCGGAAAUUCGCGUAUCUUCCGAAAAAGUAUUUUAUAACCCAGUUCAGGAAUUCAAUCGAGAUCUAAGUAUUGCUGUAUUGAGUGUGUUUAUUGACGAUUAUAAGAGUGAAAAGAUUGCAAGAAAUAAGAAAAAAUCACAGGAAGGUGUACAAAAUGAUAAUAUUGAAGAGAUUCCAGUAACUAUUUUAGAAGCCCUUUCAGCCACUGGCUUGAGGAGUAUUCGAUAUGCGAAAGAAGUACCAAAUGUAACGAAAAUAAUUGCAAAUGACUUAUCUGAACAAGCAGUUGAAACAAUAAAAGACAAUGUUAUAUAUAAUGGAGUGGAUAAUUUAAUUGAGACCAGCCACGAUGAUGCUUGCAUGCUCAUGUACAAACAUAAGUCACCAACAAAAAGAUUUGCAGCCAUCGACCUAGACCCCUAUGGGUGUCCCUCCAUAUUCCUUGAUUCUGCGGUACAAAGUGUGCAGGACGGCGGUCUCUUGCUUGUUACCGCAACUGACAUGGCUGUUCUGGCGGGAAACUCGCCUGAGACUUGUUACGUCAAAUAUGGUGCUGUUAGUCUUAAAACUAAAUGCUGUCAUGAAAUGGCACUAAGAAUAUUACUCCAAAGUAUAGAGCAUCACGCAAAUAGAUACAGCAGGUACAUAGAACCGAUGCUCAGCAUAUCAGCUGACUUCUACUUACGCGUGUUUGUCAGGGUGCACUCUGGUGCUAUACACUGUAAAAAAACAACCAGCAAAUUGUCGAUGGUUUACCAAUGUGUCGGAUGUGACAAUCUCACGUUGCAACCAUUAGGUGGUUUCAAACCGAAUCCAACGGAGAAGAACCCUGGACAAAUGAAGAGCUGCCUACCCACCGUGCCGCCGGUCGGAGAGUUCUGUGUUCACUGCAACCAGAGGCAUCAUCUAGGCGGUCCCAUAUGGUCAGCGCCAAUCCACAAUGCGGAAUUCGUUUCCCGCGUAUUGCAUUACGUAGAGGACAAUUGCCACAGAUUCGGCACUUCCAAACGGAUAACCGGUGUAUUAUCUGUGGUCCUAGAGGAGUUACAAGACGUACCUCUUUAUUAUAUAUUGGAUAAAUUGUUUGGAAGAGUGCAUUUGGAAACUAUGCCCAUGUUGAAAUUGAGAUCAGCUAUUCUAAACGCUGGAUAUCAAGUAUCAUUCUCGCACGCGUCAAAGUUGUCGAUCAAAACGACUGCGCCUGCGCAGUUCCUAUGGGACGCCAUAAGAACAUGGGAGAAAACGCAUCCUAUAAAACCGGCCAAACUUGAAGCAGACCUGGCAGCCAAGUUCAUACUGAGCCAAGAUAUAAAAAGCACAGUGGAUCUCACAGAGAGACCAGAUGCCAACCCAGUUAGUAGAAAAAAUGGCGCCUUGAGGUUCCAAUUCAACCCUGCACCAUACUGGGGCCCUGGAUCUAGGGCCUCUAUUAAUGUGGGUGAGGGCAAAAUGUCAAAGGCGGUUCGGAAUCAGAAUAAAAAGGGUAAAAAACAAGAAAAACGUGAACAUUCACCGCGUAGCGAAGAUGAAAGCCGCAAGAAACAGCAUGUAGACGACACUCUUGUGCAAUAA